GACCUGGUUUGAUGCGGAACAACCACAUCGGCCCGAGUCUACAAACGCUAUUGACCGCGAAAAGGCGAGGACAGCCGAAAUGGAGGAAAAUCAAACAUCGGAAAGUGUCGCUGUGUUACCGGACAUGUCCGAACCGUUGACGAGCGAGUCCGAGGAGACGUCCGCCCUGACGACUGAACACGAAGCCCAUCCUGUCGCCGUCACUUCCGUACCGGGUGUAACUAGUGUUCAAGGAGUUGGUGUACCGGUUUCUUUACCUGUCGGCUCCAUCAUCGGGGUUGCAAACGCCUCCAAUGGAACUACCUUCAACGUCAUCACCUCCGAUCAAUUACAGUUACCCGGUUCGGGUCAAUUCAAGCAGAUGUUAUGCGUUGACAAUAGUUUCAUUUGUGAGCCCCGACACGAUAAGGAUACCGAUCCACUACGUUGGAAUGGUGAGUUGAAGGCAACGCACAUUGUAAUUCAAAAUAGUGCUGAUGACACUGACACGGAGCAACUUCAUGUCUCGGCGGCGAAUUCACAGCCAGUGUGCAGCUGGUCGGAGUCGGCUAGUAUGGCCGUAUUGCCAGUCAGGUGUAAAAAUACAAAUGCCGAACUACAUAAAAGUAGAUUUGGCUCAGGUGGUAGAGGACGUUGUAUAAAAUUGGGCCAGGAAUGGUAUACACCCAGUGAAUUUGAAGCACUCUGCGGAAGAGCAUCGAGCAAAGACUGGAAGCGUAGUAUUCGUUUUGGUGGAAGAAGUUUACAGACUCUUAUUGAUGAACAAAUAUUAAAACCACACGCCACAUCUUGCACCUGUGCAGCAUGCUGUGAUGAUGACAGUGCUACUGGUCCAGUUCGUUUGUUCACACCCUACAAAAGAAGAAGAAGAGCUAGAGAAAAUUCGGAUGGCGAAACACCAUCGCGUAAACAUAAAAGUGAUAAUUCAAGGGACGGUAGUAAUAAUGAUAGUGACAGUGAAGUUGUUGGUCCAGUGAAAGAAGUUUGGUCGCAAUUUGUUUCUGAGGAUGGUUUAGUUGUUCAUCAAUCGGAACAAGAAAGUGUUCAAGCUGAGAAUGGACAAGCGGACGAUGUAUUUAGGAAAUUAGACGAUAUGUCAAAUAAGAUGUUGAAAAUUGCCUGUGACUUUAAGCGUACUUUAGAGGAAGCAAAAGAAUUGUAUAAACAACAAAGAAGAGAACAAGCUCUAGUCGCUCAAUUGGGUGGAAGGGGAGAUGUAAUAGAGACUGUUGGUCUACAACCCGCACUUGAUACUCACAAUAAAAAGUGCGCUAACUGCAAUCGAGAAGCAUUUGCGGAAUGUUCAUUAUGCAGGCGUACACCAUAUUGUUCAACGUUUUGUCAACGUAAAGACUGGAGUGUACAUCAAGGGGAAUGUGUAAGGGGAGCUGCUGAAACUGUAAUGCUGAUAGUCGAAAGCAGUAGCGCUGACGCAAAUACUUUAGGAUCAAGUGGCGGGGACCAAUAGCUACUAUUCUUUUACUCAUCUAUUCAGUAUAACUCAAAGUAUCACAUUGCAAAAAUUUCAACAAUUAUUUAUAAAAAGAAAAAAAACAUUAAGAAUAAGAUUCCUACAAGUCAAGAUACUUAAUGUUUAAAAACGUGGAAUUGAUUUCAUUUUGAUUUCAUCAAUUCUUAUUUUUGCUACAUUUCUUUUUUCCGUUUUUAAGGAAUCAUAAAUUUAAGACUUUUUUUACAUGAUAUUUUUAUGUAUUAUUAUUUUUAUAAUUUAGGGUACUUUUAGUUUAUUUGUAAAAAAAAACAAAAAUUUGAAAUUAUAAUUUCAAAAGAAUCUUCUUUGUUAGUUGAGAAGGAAAUAGCUAAUUGGGAAAUAAUUUCAUAAAGGUGGAAAAAUUCUAAAGUUAUAAUUUAGAAUUCCUUAUAUAUUUAUUUAUUUUCUUUUUUUUUAGUUUAUUGCCGUCCUUAGAGAUUUUUUUUUGUCAAAAAUCGAAAUUUCCCUCUCGCUUUUCCUGAUUAACUCAACAGCAAACAUUUGUGCAUUCGUUUAUUUAUAGAAAAUUAUAUGUAUAUAAUUCAUUUACACAUAUAAAUGUUGAGAUAUUAGCGUAAACUCAGUUUUUUGCGCUCCAAAAAAAUCAACCAAAGUUGACUGUUUUUUUUAGAAAAUAAUUAUGUGUGAAAAAAUCAUUGUACAUUCAUCUUUGUACAUAUAAUCAUGUAUUCUAUAACUUAUUUGUUUCGCAAAAUAUACACGGUCCAUUCUUUCACUCAAA